AAGACAGCGUCUCGCCUGCUAUAUUUCGUGACGUAACUUGUUGCGUUUGUUGAGUCCGGCGGGCCUCGUGCGGCGCAAGAGGCAGCACGGGAUGUAACGGUUCCUCGGCCGCGGCGCAGGGGAGGCGGCGAGGCGGCCACGCGCUCCCCGCCGACGCGCAGAGCCAGCUGCUCCGAGCCCGGCGCCGAGCAGAGCCACGCGGUCGCCUGCGUCAGCGAGCGGAGGUCCUCGGUUCCUCUCGGGAGAAUAGGAGUGGGUAUGUGUCUGCCGUCGGCAUGGUGGUCUUGGGCUUGCUGUUAAGCUAGAGAACGUGAAGCGGUGGUGUAAGAACACGUGGGUUUUUAAAGUUUUAGAAUGACCGUUGGUGUAUGGCUUGCUGCCCCAAUGACGAAUAUUCCUGAUGGGUAGAGAGGCCUACAGGCUGAGGUGCCCCCAUAGCACUUGGAUCGUAAAUCAGUGGACAAGGGCAUCAAAGGGGUAGUUGCUAUGCAGAAGUAAUCACAUUGGCUGGACUCUACGGUGCUAUACAGUGGCAUACCAUAGAAUGUGAAUGAAGGCCAAACUAAGAAAUCUUUGGCUGUAUACUUGAGGAUAACCAUAUUUCAUUCUUUUUCCAGGAAUAUCCAGAGUUAUAUUAACACUUGAUUCACCGAAGCCAACAAAAUGGGGAAAAAGUCAAAACCAUCUGUGGCUCCUAUGAUGGAGAUUUUAAAUGAAAGUAAGAAAAAGAAAAAGAAGAAGCAUACUAGUGAACCAGAAGACGAGCCAGUUGAACCAGUAAUCCAAGAGAAAUCUAAAAAAAAGAAGAAAUUAGAUAAUAAUCUCAACAUAGAAAAUUCUCCUGUCAAGGACGAUGUGCCAUUAGAGACGGAAGAAUCGGGAGCUGAAAUGCCAGUUGUCAAGAAGAAGAAGAAGAAGAAGCACAAAAAGGAAGGACACGAUGAGAGCCUGAAUGAUAGUGAGAAUCUGACAGAUUUUCAGAAGUCUCCCAAGAAACGGACAUCAUCUUCUGAGGUAAAAUCUCCACCAAAGAAAAUAAAGAAAGACAAGAGUAAGGCUGUUGAUGAUGAAGAUGAGGAAAAGGAGCCAGUUAACAGUAAUGAAGCUGAGCCACUUGACCUAUGGACGACUGAGGAGAAAUUAAUGCUGAUUUCAAGAAUGCAGGAAAAGCUGCAGCCAAAUGACAAAAUCAGUUACAGAAGAAGAAUUGCAGGUUCAAAAUGGAACUGGAGUGAUGUAACCUUUGGGAACAAGUCUGCCAAAGAGUGUGAAGAACAGUUCCUUGAGCUAAUUGACAGCAUUAAUAAAAUCAAAACACUGGAACAGAUAUUGACAGAAGCAGAGCAGCUGACCAGAUCAGGAGGAUUACGGAAGAAGAAUCUGAAUGCAUUCCAGUAUUUCAUGAGGGAACACACCCAGACACUGAAGACAGAUGGCAAAAAUGAAAACCUACGUGGUAGAGAAUUGUUCUCGGUCUUGAUUAAUAACUGGUACAGUUUAGACGAAAAUGAAAAGGGAAGAUACAAAAUCUUGGCGAAGGAAGAAGCAAGUUCCAAGGAAAGUUUUCCAGUAUCAGCUCCUAGACUACCAUUUGAGAUAUACUAUAGCAUUGAGAGUGAAAAGAUUGGAUCGAAGAACAAGCAGCUGAAAGCCGAGUUGAGGACCAAAUACAAUGCAUUGAAGAAAAAAAACAAGUUGAAGUAUAUCGAGGAGUCCUUCAAGGAAUUCCAUAAAUAUAAGAAAGAGGUAGCUGAAUAUCUAAAAAUAAACCCUUCAUAUAAGACAGUGAAGAAGUUUCCCAAUAAAGAAGAGGCAGAGCUAUUUUUGAUAAACCACUUGAAGAUGCCCAGAGAGCCCCCAUACCAACCAUCAACUGCCUAUUAUCAUCAGCUCAUGGAGGAAGGGAAACUUGAUGACCUGCCCGGCAAGGAAAGGCUGAUUACUGCGACACGACAGUUUGCCAAUCUCCCACUAGCAGAACAAACAGCUAUCACCGAGCAGACAAAGCAGAGGUAUGAAGAAUACCGUGAGCAGGUGGCUCGGUGGAAAGAACAGCAAGAUGAGUAUGUAAUGGAUAUAGUUAAUCGUUAUUUCCCGGAAACCACCAAGAAAGCAAAGAAAGAAAAACCCCAGAAAGUUAAAAGUAGCUUGAAUAAAUUUGAAAAUGUGCAAGUCACUGCCAUGAACGCGCCCAAAUUCAGUGAAUUACCCAAGAAGCCUCCUCGUACUGGAUUUUUGUUGUUCAGUGCUAAAUUUGAACACAAAAUGAAGGGCAAAUUCUCAGACGCGAAAGAGAGGAAAGAAAGCUGUAAGGAAUACUGGAAUAAAUUACCAGAGGAACACAAACAGAUUUACAGGAAUCGGUCUAGGGAGUUGCAGGAAGAAUAUAAGAGCAAUUUGUUGGAGUUUGUAGAAAGUCUCGAAGAGGCCGAACGUGUCAUGUACUUGGGACAUUACCGUAAACAAGUCAGAGCUUACUUCUGCCGUGAUAUAUUUGAGGAGAAAUACCCAAACAAAGUAUAUCCAGUAUAUAUUUCUAGCCCAAAGAAAAAACUCAAGAGCACAGUAAAUGGUGUGACAGCAAAAGACGAAGCACUAGAUUCGGAUGAAGAUGAGCUGCCUGUUGCCAAGAAUAAAACAAAAGGCAAGACUGUGGAACAAGAAGUCCAAAAUGCUGAAAGCAGUUCAUCAGAUGAUUCUACUGAUCAAGAAGAAGAAGAAGAAGAAAGUAAUAAUGAGAUGAAAGGAAAUUGGCAUCAACCCCUGGCGAAGAGACAAGAGACUUCGGAUUCAAGUGAAUCCAGCUCAAAUGAUGAAGAAGUUGCUGCUAUGCAAAGAAAAGCAAUGAAGUCUCCAAAGCAGAGGCAACAACAGAGUAUCCAUUCUGAGGUUCGUACAAGUCUACCAAAGAAACAAACCCCAGCUAAAGGAAACUCGAGAUUAAAUGUGAAAGAGGAAGACUCGAGUGAAGACAGCUCAGACGAAAGUGACAUUAUAAAACCAAGCUGGAAGACUCCUACACAGAAACCUUCAGUUCAGGUUAGUGGACUUUUAAAAUAACCAGUUGAAUUACAU